AUGUCGAAAAUGGAUCUUUCUGUUUACCGUUCUCUUCAGCUUAAAAGGAGUUCAGGCAUAUUUACAGAGGUUAUUAGAGUUGAUAAAAACGCACGUAAUAUGCUUGAACACUUUCUUAUUGUAGGAGCUCCUCCAGUCGAAAAAGGAACAAAAGUCACCGAUCCGAAAAUCAUUACAAUAUUUCCUGCUUCCCCACUUGCCAUGAGUCCUGACGAUAUGAACAUGCUUACUUUGCAUUGUUUUCCAAACGGAUUCGGAAAAUUAAAAGAAAAAGAACAAAAGAAGAAAAACCCUUUACUUGAGCUAUAUACAUUCAGGCUUGGUGGACAGAGCUGCACGUUUUAUGGCUGUGUUGCAAAGUUUAAAGUUAUGACUAAUCCAAUUCCAUGGUUUGCAAGUGAAGUAUCCAUUAAAUAUCCAUUUGCAUUUUGCAUCAUUUCUUCCAUCCCCAUUCUUUCUAGCCACUUCCAAUUCUUGUAUUUCCUAGUCAAUGCAUAUCAUAAACCGAAUGAGUUCAAAUUCAACAAAACAAUGCUUAGCCAUAAGCCAUUCCAUGUUAUCCGAGGCGAGACACUUCCAGAUUUGUUAAGAAUGAAUGGUUGCGGUGUUUGGCCGGGUAUUACUCCAAAGAUUCACUUCCUUAACCAGGUCAAUCUUUAUCGCUCCAUCUCCAUUAAGCGAUACAACAAACAAGCAUUCCCAGUUUUGAGCACAUUGUUCGUCCACGUACCCGCAGCUGCUAGUGAUAUCAAUUUAAUCGCCGCCUGUUGCUUGGACGUUUUAUUCUCAUACCUUUCCAUACCAGAUAUCGUCAAUCUAUUUACAUACGCACUUCUCGGCAACUACAUCAUGUUCCAAGCUGAUGAUGCCAGAUUAUUAUCUUCUAGCGUACUUGCUUUAAGAGCAAUCCUCUCUCCUUUCCCAUUCCAGACACCCCUCAUCCCUUACGUAAUUAAUGAUGACAGAUUUAUCGGAUUACUUAACUCUCCUGUACCUUAUAUCGCAGGAGUUUUCAAAAAUACCGAUUUGUCAGAAAUAGAGAUUGGCGACCAAGCGGUUUACGUAGAUCUCGAGAAUGGUAAGGUCAAAGGUCCAAAAGUCGUUCGUCUUCCUAACAGAGAUGGACUCAUCAAAAGAUUAAAGGACAUCAUAAGAGAAGCCAGCGAGACAAUUACUGUUCCUCAGAAAGCAAUCAAGAAAUCCUUCUUUUCUUCUCCAACUUGGAACCAAAAUUACUAUACUUUCUUCAAAAACCUCGAUAAGUACACGAUGCCACCUGCCUUCAUGUCAAACCAUUACCAGAAAUACAUAUUCGAUCAAGCUACUGUCGAAAAAGUCAUGUUCGCGUUUACAUCUCAUGUUGCACCAGAAGUAGCUGAUUUAAUCAAGCCAUGCUUCGUUACAGAUACAACAGAUAUCGACAGACCAUGCACAGUGUUCAAUAGAACACUCUUCCUCGAUAGUAUUCCAAAAGAUUCGAAGGCUUUUUACACUCUCUUCUCGCAAACACACGCAUUCGCUGGAUUUUGCGAUAAGAAGACUGAUGAAGUCGAUCUAAUUAAGAUGUCUGCAAAUACUGAAGAUGUUUCCCCUCUUGAAUUAGAUGAUGAAGUUGAUUUUUAA